AUGGCCGCUUCUCGCUCUUUGAUGCGGCUGGGUACCGGCCGCUCUUUGGGGUCGGCCGCCCGGUCAUCCCGCAAUUGCCGUGCCUUCUCGUCAACCCCUCUGCAGCAGGUAGCAAAGGCGACUACAGCUGGCACUGAUACGCCAAACAUGCGCCAAGCAGAGCGCCCUCCCUCGGGCCCUCUUCGCGCUCCCGUCGUAAACCAGGCCGACAAGUACCAGGACAAGGCCGAUAGCCUGCACAGCUACGGCCAGUACGUUAUGUCCUGCCUUCCCAAGCAUAUCCAGCAGUUCUCCGUGUGGAAGGACGAACUUUGCGUCUACGUUCCUCCGUCCGGCGUCAUCCCGGUGAUGAGCUUCCUCAAAUACCAUACCUCGGGUGAAUUCACGACAAUCUCCGACAUCACCGCCGUCGACUACCCAACCCGUGACCAGCGUUUCGAGGUCGUCUACAACCUUCUUAGCGUCCGUUACAACUCCCGCAUCCGAGUCAAGACGUACGCCGAUGAGGCCAGCCCCGUGCCCAGUGUCACCGGUCUGUUUGAAGGCGCCCUGUGGUACGAGCGUGAGGUCUACGACAUGUUCGGUGUGUUCUUCUCAGGACACCCGGAUUUGCGCCGCAUCAUGACCGAUUACGGUUUCGAUGGCCACCCGCUGCGCAAGGACUUCCCCUUGACUGGAUACACCGAGCUCCGAUACGACGAGGAGAAGAAGCGCAUCGUCAUUGAGCCUCUCGAACUUACCCAGGCAUUCCGAAACUUCGAGGGAGGUACUGCGGCGUGGGAGCCCGUUGGGCCUGGCAAUGACAAGACGCCAGAGUCGUUCAAAUUGGCCACUCCCAAGCCUGAGCCACCAAAGGAGGAAGAAAAGAAAUAG